UUAUUUACAAUUACGAUAAAAAAUAAAUAACUAAUUACUUUGAUAAUUAAUAAAUUGCAAAACUUAUUUGUCAUUAAUUAAAAUGGAUUAAUAUUUUAUUAUAAUCAUUUAUCAAAACAAAUAAUUUUAUAUAAAUAAACUACACACUUAACCUUAUGCAUAUGUUAUUACAUAUAUAUUAUAUACAUUUAUCAAAUUAAAUUAAUAAAUAAAUGUAAAUUUGAUAAUAAUAAUUACAUUGCAACAAUGUUUGGUUCUUUAAAAAGUAAAUUUCAAACAGUCCAAGAUGGCAUAUCUGCAAGUUUUAAAGGUUUGACACUUGGUGAGAGUCCUAAGCCAAAAAAACCGAUUGCAAUUGACAGAGUUAAUUACAAUGCGGGCGCAGAUGUUCUGCAUCAUUACCAGUUACAGUGGAAUGAAUUACACGAACUUGCUGAAGAAAAUUCAAUGAAAGCACAAGAAGUUGAUAUUCUUGUUGGUACAAUAUACGAAAAACUUAAUAGAGAAUGGAAUAAUAUGACGAUAUUAAAUUGUACUUUAGCAUCAAUACCCAAAAUAAAUCAUGAUAUUCAAAACUUAAUGGAUCAAAUAGGAACACUGGAAGAAGCAUUUGAAGAAGUUGAAGCAGCGUUAUUUAAACUAGAAGAUUUAAAUGAAACCCUCGAGCUACAAAGUAAGCAAUUGGAUCAUAGAUUUCAAUUGGCUUUGUACAAAGAAAAAAAAUUAUCUGAAUUAGAUAAUUACAGAGUUGCGUUAGCUAGUGAGCAUUCUGAGCGGGUGCUUCAAAAAGAAUUAAAGCAACAAAAAAUGUUGAAAGAAAGACAAGACACAUUUGAUGAAGUUUUUAGAGGCGAAAUUGAAAAUUACAAAGCAACGGGUGUUGUCCCUCGUGGAGCGAUCUCGCAAAAAGGACCCGCACUUGAAGAAAUCGUUUUAGAAAACGACUCGACGGAUUUUGAUGAAUUUUUACAGAGCUAAAUACCAUUGCGUUAAUAUUUAUUUUUAUAAUUAUAUAUAUUACAUAUUUUUUUUUUAAUUUUAAAUCCUUUGUGGUAAUGAGUUUAUUAUUUAUUGUUCAUGUUAACAUUAUUAAUAUUUAUCAUAUUUAUGUUACACCACAAAAUAUAUAUUUAAUAUAUAUCACAUUAAAUGUAGAAAGUAAUUCGUAAAUACAUAUAUAUAUGUUUCAUUAUUAA